AUGGAGCAUGAUAAGAAUCUUAGCGAUGAUGACAAUAUCUCGCUUACUUCCACUGUGCCAAGUGAACCUCAGGAGGAAUAUGAAGUGGAAUGUAUUCUAGCCCAAAGAAAUUUCCACGGAGAGGAGAAGUAUCUUGUGAAGUGGACAGGAUAUCCCAUAGAGAGAUGUACGUGGGAGUCAGAGGAGAUGUUUCUCAACCCCCAGACGCUUGAGGACUGGGCUCGAAAGCAGGAAGCUAUCAUUCGUGGCGAGCAACCAUCUUUUGAUAUUGAAGCACUAGAGCAAAGAUGUUUCUCCUCGAAGGCUGCUGCGGAGCGAAGAAGGGAGAAACGGAGGGAAAAGCGGAAGCGACUUGGGCAUCCCAGUUAG